GAGCCGCUCGCGCAGACAGCUGCUUCCACACUAAAAGCAGGAACUGUAAUAUGUGUGUAUGUGUGUGUCUGUGAGUGAGUGUGUGAGUGAGUGAGUGUGUGUGUGAGUGAAUGCGAGUGUGAGAGAGCGCCGCUAGAGUCAAACCUCAAGCGCUAAGCUCCAUUCUCAAAGCUUUUGUCUAACGCCUUUAAAUGUGGAUCAAAUAACGCGAUCCACUUCUUUAUUUUCGGGCGCAGUCGAGGGUUUAUUUUUUUUAAUGUUCCCCGGAACGAGUGAGUCAGGACCUGGUAGCCCCGCCCUUUUUUCAACUAUAUUAGCAAAGCCGAAGUGUCCAACAUUCCACACUUUUAUCUGGAUCCUGGCAUGAUGGGUCUGCUGUUACCAGCCAGUGUGUUGAAGUGAUCUGUCCUCCCCUUCUUCUGUAAACUCCUCCCCCUGGGGUUAAACCCCUCCUCCCAUCCAGCUGGGGAGCAGCAGCAGUCAUGGCAGGUGUGAAGCGUGGCUAUGACGGCAAGAUUGCCGGACUGUAUGACCUGGACAAGACGUUGGGGCGCGGGCAUUUCGCUGUGGUAAAGCUGGCACGCCACGUCUUCACCGGCGAGAAAGUGGCAGUGAAGGUCAUCGACAAGACCAAGCUGGACACAGUUGCCACAGGACACCUAUUCCAGGAGGUGCGCUGCAUGAAGCUGGUGCAGCACCCUAACAUUGUGCGCCUCUACGAAGUCAUCGACACACAGACCAAGCUGUACCUGAUCCUAGAGCUGGGGGACGGAGGCGACAUGUUCGACUACAUCAUGAAGCAUGAGGAGGGGCUCAACGAGGAACUCGCUAAGAAAUACUUUGCCCAGAUUGUCCACGCAAUUUCUUACUGCCACCGGCUGCAUGUAGUGCAUCGCGAUUUGAAGCCUGAAAACGUGGUAUUUUUCGAGAAGCAGGGCCUUGUUAAGCUUACUGACUUCGGCUUUAGUAAUAAAUUUCAGCCCGGGAAGAAGCUGACCACCAGCUGUGGCUCUUUGGCGUACUCUGCUCCAGAGAUCCUGCUGGGGGACGAGUAUGAUGCACCUGCAGUAGAUAUCUGGAGUCUAGGAGUGAUACUCUUCAUGCUGGUUUGUGGACAGCCUCCUUUCCAGGAAGCCAACGACAGUGAAACCCUCACCAUGAUCAUGGACUGUAAAUACACCGUACCUACCCAUGUCUCCAAUGCCUGCAAAGAUCUGAUAAAUCGGAUGCUGCAGAGGGACCCCAAGCGCCGUGCCUCACUGGAGGAGAUCGAGAGCCAUGCGUGGCUGCAGGGAGUGGAUCCGUCUCCAGCCACUAAGUUCAGCACACCCCUGGUGUCCCACAAGAACCUUUCUGAGGAAGAACACAACUCCAUCAUCCAGCGCAUGGUGCUCGGAGACAUUGCAGAUCGAGAAGCUAUCAUUGAAGCCCUAGAAACUAACAAGUACAACCACAUCACGGCUACCUACUACCUGCUGGCAGAGCGGAUCCUACGGGAGAAGCAGGAGAAGGAGGUGCAGCCCCGAUCCUCCAGCCCCAGCAACAUCAAAGCCCAUUUCAGGCAGUCAUGGCCAACUAAAAACGACAUACACCAGGACAUCGAGGACAGCCUAGCAGCUCCCUCCAUCUCACAUGCAGGGGGGCCACAGUCUCCAGCCCGGAGCACUGAGAACCUGCUGAAUGGUCACCGUAACAAAGGGCUGCUGGAUCUGGGCCGCCGGGAAGAGAGUAGUGAGGCCUGUAGCACUGCCGUUUAUUCUGGCCAGAUGACUUCUCUCACCCAAAGCCCCCUCAAACCCAGCAGCACAUCAUCUGCCUCAGCCAAGCAGCGAACAUGUCUUUUCCGUGUCGAGGAGGAUGAGGAGGAAGAGGAAGAGCAAGAGCCUUCACCACUUCCCACACAGGUGAUCCUACGCCACAAACCACCAUCUGUUACUAACCGUCUAACAUCACGCAAGAGCGCACCAGUGCUCAACCAAAUAUUUGAAGAGGAAGGCGAGUCUGAUGACGAUGAUUUCAACAUGGACGAGAGUCUGCCACCCAAGCUAAGCCGCCUCAAGAUGAACAUGACAUCGCCUAGCACAACACAAAAGCGCUACUCCCGGCGCAAGAGCCAAGGCCGUGGCUCCAGCUGCUCCAGUUCGGAGACCAGUGAUGACGACUCGGAGAGCCACCGACGUCGGCUCGACAAAGAGUCAGGCUUCACAUACACCCGGCACCGUAGGGACAGCAGUGAGGGCCCACCGGGAAAUUCUGGUGGCAACGGAGGAGGUGGUAGCAGCGGCGGACAGAGCAAACCUCCAGGAGAGGGGAACUCGGGACCAGACAGGGGCAGCAGUAAUGGCGGAAGUGGUGGAAGUGGAAACACAGGAGAGGGAGGGGGUUCUAAAGGACAGGGAAGCCCCUCCAGCUGUUCCAGUGGCAAUAGCAACCCCACUUCAGGCUCCACACGCACUGCAGCCCGGAGCACAGAACUGAUGGAGAGCCUGAAGCUCAUGAGUCUCUGCUUAAGCUCCCAGUUGCAGCAUCGCCGAGCAGCAGGAGGAGGAGGAGGACGCUUCAUCAUGGAUCCACAGAGUCUCUCCAGUGUGAGAGUACAGGAAAAGUCCUCAUGGAAGAUGUGCAUCGGCUCGAACAGCAGCCUGGAAAAGACUCUAAAUGUGGGCAGCGGCUUAAUGGACCGUUACCCGGACCAAACAGCAGCCAUGCUGAAUGAACUGUCCCUGGCCAAGGAGAACAACCUGAACUUGAAAGCUAACGUGCUUCAGCUACCUCUGUGUGAGAAAACGAUCUCGGUAAACAUCCAGAGGAGCCCCAGGGACGGGCUGCUUUGUACGUCGGCCCAGGCCAGCUGCUGCCAGGUCAUAUGAUGGUGGAUCACACGAUCAGACCUCAUAGUCAAUUUGCUCCCAUCGCUGCAUUUGUAGCAUAAUAACGAUUUGAAAUCUCCCGUAGCUUUGUGUGAUCUUUCCCAACCUUCUGUCGUCUUAAUCAUUCUUACAACUUAUUUAUUUUUCUUAGACCUGUUGGGUUUAAUGAGGUGCACACUGCUAGCUUGUUUGUUUUCUGCCUUUUUGUGGGGUUGUCCUUUUUAGCCCCCCCCCCCCUUACUGUUUUACAUUUGCUUUCCAUCCCAUUUGUUUUUUUUUGUUUUUUUUUAAUAUCUCCUGAAGUGAUAAGCUCUUAAGAUGGUUUACAUGGUUUGGUUUUGGCCAGUCAAUCAAACAGAACUGUAGAUUUUUAUUUAAUGAUAAAAUUGAAUAUUUAAUAAAGACAAAUAAAUAUGACCAAACGUGUAACGGAGAAGCACCUGCCAGGUCGUAUGAGCACUUCCAAACUUUAGCCAUAAUAAGUGCAACAAUUACAGUCAGAGUUAAAGCCUAGUGGAUUUUUUCAGUGGAUUCGAACAGCUCAUUUGAGGGAAACUGGUAUUCUGCUUUAUGGCCAUUUCUGAUGUCUUAAAAUAACUGACCAAUUUAUAAUUCCACAGAAAAUCAAUGUAUAUUUCUAAUGGUUGUUUAAUAAACCACACAUAUUGAACUACCCUUAGCAGAUUAAAACAAAUCCUAGCAACAUUUAAAAUAUAACUUAAAAAAAUACUGUUUCACAUUUCCCUCAGACAGGAAAUUACUGUCAGCAAGUUAACUUUUUAUCCUAAGAAUUAAUAGAACAUCCAUGUACCAUAGCUUUUGAUUUAAUUAUAUCAACAGAAAUGUACUUUUCAGAUAAAUAAACCCUAGGUUUUCAACAUAGCCUCAAGGUUUGCAUAGAGUAAAGUAAUUGCUGAAAGCAAAUCAGUACGAUAUGCUGUCAAUUCUCUGUGUUAAAUCAGCAGCCAUUUUUAAUCCAGCAUGCCAAUAUUCAGAUAAUGAAGAGAGUCCUGGUAGAGCAGCAGCAGGAAUGAUUGCUGGAGCUUUGCUGCAUCCUUUAAUGAAAAUCCUUGAAACAUUUUCAACAUAUUGGUCAUGUUCUCUAGUCCAUGAUUAACAGGCUGGUUUAAUUCUGUUGAGAGAUUAAGAUGUUAAUGAUGAUGAUGAUGAUGAUAAUAAUAAUAAUAAUUAAUAAUAUAUUUACACUAGAAAAUGAAUUCCUAUAUACUGCUGAGCUCCAGAUCCCAGUCCAACUGUUCUGACCUCACUCACUCUGUUUGUAGUUCGUAAUCAAUUCAGUUACUGUAACUACCAGUCUCUAAAUAAGACUGGCCUCAGAUGCCUAUAGGGUAUGUAAAUAAGUUUUUAAAAGUUUUAUUUUUUUGAAAGGACUGCUGUUAUACACGCUGUGUUGAAUACAGGCAUCGGACGGGCUUUCUAGCUAAAGCCGUGCUGAUUUAUCACCUGGCUCUAAAUCCCGCGUACAGCUGAAACCAUGAUGAGAUACACGACCCCUCAUUCAGGCAAUAGAUAAUAAAGGAACCAGCUUUUCAAAGACCAUCUCUGCGCCGGUGUAAACAGCUGUACGGAGUCCAGGAUGAAGCAGAGAGAGCAGUGGAGUUGGAGAUAUUUUAAGGGCAUUGGCAAUAAGCUAUAAGUUGCAGCUAUCUGUAAAUAUACAUAUUUUUUUUUUGUUU